AAGAUUCUUUAUAAAAGUAAUUUUAGAUUAUCGUCAAAAUCUUUGCAACGAUUGUAAAUGGAAAUUUUUCCGACGAAAAUAUUUAUUAUACACUAAUAAAAAUACAGCGAAGAUAAAACUGCACAAUGUUUUAUAUUAUCGAUCUCUAAUAGAACCGACAGAGUCCAAAGAAAUCCAUUAAAACAUCAUGUAAUCGUCUAAUCGUAAGUUUUAUACGAGUACCUAAUUUUUUACGAAAGCAAAAAUAUUAUUUAUUGAAAAUAUCUAAUAACACAACGUUCUUUCUACGAAAUAAAUAUUUAAUAUGUUCGCACUUUGAGCAAGAUCACUUUAAAGAUUCGUGCAAAUUUGUUUGACGAAUAUCGUACGUAGAUUUUAAAUUGUUCUAAAGCAAGAAAGCAUUUUAUCGAGUAUCGGAUAAACGUAUCAUAAGCAAAAGUACAAUUUAUUAUUGUCAAAACGCAUAGAAGGACGUACGUUUGACGAAGUUCACGUGCUUAAUAUCAGUCCUUCAUAACCUCCCAACGUAAAAAAAAAAAAAAAAAAAAGAAAAAAGUAUAGGACAUUGGUACCGUAUUAGCACCCAUUCGAAGUCAUCGAAUUCGAGUGAGAGUGUAUUUGUGUGAGUGAAAGAGAGAGAGAGAGAGAGAGAGAGAGAGAGAGAGAAAGAGGAAAAGAAAGAGAGAGAUAAGAUCGUAACGAGUAAUGUACAAUAAUGACGAGGCCUUGUACUGCUUGUAUGUAAAUUCUAAAAAUUAGGUAAUAUGCGUAGAUAGAAAAUAUCUCUUCGCUUUUAGGAUUACCGAGUGAAACGUCAACAAAGUACACAUCGAGGUUGGCACCCUGAGCAUUAGAAGUAUUUUAAUAUUGGCCUUUCGUGAUUCAGGAUGUUCUAUAGUUCACGUAAAAACUUAACAAUAACACAGAGGCAACACACGACAAAGGUACAUGAUCAUUCAUUUGUUAUCAAGAUAUACUCUAGACGCCACAGAUAAGAUAAUCCAUUGAUAUGCGUUAUAUAUUACGAGUGAGACGUUUUUGAGGAAUCUUUCUUCCCAGAUAACGUUGUGUUCACCUUAUAAGCGUUUCCCUUCGGUUCAGCUGGAUGUUUAGAACGCGUGCAAAGUGUGAGGAUGAGCGAGCGUUGGUAAUUCUCUUCUGAGACUCUGACUGCCAUUCGAGGAACAUGUGACACCGCUGUAUAAGGAGCUUGUACUGGCAGCGUAAGGGCUGCUCAAGCUAUUGUGUAAUCUUAAACCGCUAUGAAUCGUGUAAAAUCCUGAAGUCACGGAAGCUUCGUCGGUGGUAGAUUGAACGGAACUCAAUGCACAAACGUCGCUAGCCGCAGAGGAUUCAUUAGUACCACUGGUUGGCGAAUAAAGAUCGCCGAUUCUUUCAUCCUGCAUCUCGCUACUUCUUAAAGUGUAUACGCCACUUGUUUCACUGGCGAUGUCUGUACCUAGAUAGAUAGCACCUGGGAAACUAGCAGUUUCAGAAGAAACAGCCGAAUUCUGAGCCGUAUGAGAAUAACCGAGCUCCAAACUCGAUGUAGCUGAAGCUCGACGCAUUCUUUGAACUCCAUUAUUAGGUGCAUUUGCAACGACCACUGUACUACAACUACUGCUGCACUGAGAACCAUCAGCCACAGUGUUUGUACUCGAAACAAGUCGUAAUGCUGAUGAAGGCGUAGUUUCGGCACCAUCGACUUCUAGAAAUAAAGUUCUAAGUAAAGAGGAUCACCAGGAAGGGCGUGUACAGCGAGGUAGCGGCUGGCGGACACCAGAGGUUGAAGGCAAGACCGCGCAGCCGUGACACCGCUACCACGCAUGCUGCAUGCUUCAUUUCGUCGCCGCUACGUCCAGCGUCCGCACUGAAAUCAAAAAAAGAUGUCCUUAUUACACUCAUUCACGUAUCCCUAUUGUAUUUACCCCUAAGAAAGGAAAACUAUCAAUAUGGCAGCUAAGUUAGUGAUGGCAGAUUAUAUAGUGAUCGUGGUGAUGCUUCUCAUUAGUUCUGGUAUCGGUGUCUAUUAUUGGCUCACUGGUGGACGACAAAAAUCGACAGAGGAGUACUUUGUAGCGAACAAAUCUAUGAGUGUUAUACCAGUGGCAAUUGGCUUGAUGGCUUCAUACUUGUCGGCGGUCAGCCUACUAGGGGUCAGUUCGGAAAUUUACGUUUACGGUUCUCAGUACAUGGUGAUAAACAUCUCCUACGGCAUUGCCACCGCAUUCGUUGUCUACUUUUACUUGCCCGUCUUCUUCAAGCUCAACGCCACCAGCGCUUUCGAAUAUCUUCAGAAACGUUUCGGUACGCCGACAAGGUUGUUAGCCAGCGUCGCCUUUUUCCUUCAACUUCUUUUGUACACCGGCGUCGUGCUCUACGCGCCGGCACUCGCGUUGGAAGCCACGACAAAUAUCUCGAGGAGUUUGAGCGUGAUCGGCAUCGGAUUGGUCUGUACAUUCUACUCAGCGAUUGGUGGUAUCAAGGCAGUUAUUAUUACCGACGUAUUCCAAAGUGCCCUCAUGAUUACAGCCAUUAUCACAGUGAUAGUGACAGCGGCGAUUGAUGUAGGUGGCCUUGCACGAAUUUGGGAAAUCUCAGCCGAAGGAUUACGAUUGGAAUUUAAUAACAUUUCUCCCGAUCCAACGGUACGACAUACUUGGUGGAGUCUAACGUUUGGUGGUUUUUUCACCUAUCUUUCCUUGUACGGUGUCAAUCAAGUUCAAGUUCAAAGAAUGCUAACAGUCCGGAAUCUGGGAGCGGCCAAACGGGCUCUUUGGUGGAGUUGGCCGAUGGCGUCUAUCAUGUCAUUGACCAUUUGCUUUGCUGGCUUGUCGAUAUAUACGAAGUAUCGUGAAUGUGAUCCCUUGAACUCGGGAAGGAUCACCUCGAACGACCAACUGAUGCCGCUUUACGUAAUGGACACGUUGUCAAAGUAUCCUGGAAUACCUGGACUUUUUAUAGCUGGGAUUUUCAGUGCAGGACUCAGUACGAUAUCGGCCACGGUCAAUUCGUUAUCUGCAGUCAUUCUCGAGGACUACAUCAAACCUUUGUAUCGAUACAAAAGCAAAGGCAAAGAAAUGUCAUCGAGGCGAUCGAUCAUUGCCAGUAAAGUGUUAGCGGUCGUUGUUGGAUCAAUGUGUCUGGGAGUAGCCUUCUUGGCACGAUAUUUGGGUGGACUCCUUCAGGCUGCUCUAACGAUAUUCGGCGUAGUCGGAGGACCUCUCCUUGGUACAUUUACUUUGGGUAUGUUCAGCCAAACAGGAAAUCAGAAGGGAGCUAUCACAGGACUUAUCCUUGGUCUUGCGUUUUCAUUUUGGAUUGGUUUCGGUCAACCAAAGCCGCCCACUCCAAAAUUGCCCGUAUCCACAAUUGGAUGUAGCAGCAAUUAUUCCUUGUCCUAUAGGAAUUUAAUCAUGCCUAAGACAUUCCAUGAGAUUACGAACCAAAAGUCCUACUUUUAUCUCUAUCGAGUGUCCUACAUGUGGUACUGUCCUCUUGGAUUUCUCAGUAGUUUACUCAUCGGUUGGAUAGUUAGUUGGGUGACAAGGAUGAUCUUCAAGGAGGAAGAAAUUCUAAUGGAUCCACAAUUGUUCACACCGAUAAUUGCCUCGAGAGUUCAUAAGAGAACGCAUGAGGAGAAACUCACGACCGCGGAAUGAUUUGUGGUUUCUUAAAAAAAAAAAAAAAAGAAAAAAAAAAAGAAAAAAAUAAAAAAAAAAAAAAAAUAAAAAAGAAAUGAAAAAAAAAGAAAAAGAAAAGAAAAAGAAAAAAGAAAGAAGAAACAGAAAUAAUGAUAAGGAGGGAAGGAUCUUUGGGCAUAAGAGAUUUUCCGGUCGAUCUUCGGACACGUUAUCGUCUUAUGUAAGCACCGUAAGCCACGAUGAUAUUCACCGUGGUGUUCGGCUUCUCUCCUCGUGUCACCUUAGGACGGUGCGAGAGACGAGGGCGAGGGUGAAGGUGCUCGCGCGCGCACACGCUGCCAAGCGAGCACGGUAACACCAGUCCGACGGCAUUCCAUCGAGAUUUGCGAACGUUUCGGUAAACGUUCAACGUAUCCGCACGGUCCCCCCGGUGUUUACCUCCGUUAUCGUUACACAAUACGCCGGAGGGAAAAGAAGAGGGAGGAAUUCUUCUUCUUUUCUUCUUCUUCUUUUUCUUCUUCAGUUGCUUUCGGACAAUUUCGAUAUAGAUAAUAUUGUCAAAGGAGAGAAUGAUGGGAAAAAAAAAGAAAGAAAGAAAGAAAAAAAAAAAGGAAAAAAAAAAAAAAAGAAAAGCAAAAAAUUGGAGAAACGGCAAAUGAUAUCUUAUAUUGAUUUUAUCACAAGAGAGAACAAAUUCAUGGCAUUCCUUGUAUAACUUUUACUAUCGUAAAGUAUACCCAAAGUAAAAACUUGUACUAUCGUAAAUUUUGAAUUUUCGCAAGAACUUGUACGUGAAAUAUAUUUUUAUCUUCGAAAGAGACCG